AAACACAAACAAAAUCACUCCAGCUCUCUCGAGCGUCCUCUUUCCAUUUCCAUCGACCCCUUCUUCAAAAAUCCGGCUAGCCCAGUCAACCCUGUCCUCGCUCUUCUAAUUCUCCUCUCAAAAGUCCGCCUUUCGAUUUCUUUCCUCUCCGGCGUCGCACAGUCGGCCUUCUCUGCCGAUGGCGUCGGAGAUCGAGAUUGUGGAGGAGGAGGACCGAAGGGACGUCACCCACUCCGGCUUAGGCAGCGCUGGCGGCGUCACAUCGUCUUCAACGGCGGCUUCUACUGCUACGGAGGAGGAAGCGCUGCGAAAUGAUGUCUACACGGCGGCAGCCUAUGGCGAUCUCGAGAAGCUACAGAGGCUAGUGGAGUCCGAGAGCUGCUCCGUCACGGAGCCUGACGGUGGUGGGUAUUACGCUCUUCAAUGGGCUUCCCUCAAUAAUCGCACCGCUGCUGCUCAAUACAUCAUCGAGCAUGGGGGAGAUGUGAAUGCAGUGGACCACACGGGGCAGACUGCUCUCCAUUGGAGUGCGGUGCGUGGUCACGUUCCGGUUGCCGAGUUGUUGCUCAAGGAAGGCGCCCGAGUUGAUGCCGCAGACUACUAUGGUUAUCAGAGUACCCAUGUUGCAGCUCAGUAUGGUCAGACAACAUUUCUAUACCACAUAGUUACGAAAUGGAAUGCUGAUCCUGAUGUACCUGACAAUGAUGGAAGAAGCCCUCUGCAUUGGGCUGCCUAUAAGGGAUUUGCAGAUAGUAUACGCCUUCUUUUGUUUUUGGAUGCAUACAGGGGGAGGCAGGACAAGGAAGGUUGUACUCCUCUUCAUUGGGCUGCCAUCAGAGGGAAUUUGGAGGCAUCAACAGUGCUAGUUCAGGCAGGGAAAAAGGAGGACCUCAUGGUGACAGAUAAAACUGGUUUAACUCCAGCACAGCUGGCUGCUGAUAAGAAUCAUCGGCAAGUUGCCUUUUUCCUUGGGAAUGCCAGAAGAUUGUUUGAUAAACGAUGUGAUGGGAAUAGCUAUUUUGGAAGAUUAUCAAAAUUAGGACUUGCUCCUUUCCUUUGGUGCAUUAUUAUCUCCAUGCUUGUUACAUAUAUAAAUUCAGUAGUAACAGGAUCAAGAUUUUCAGGGUUAACGGUGGCAUUGGGGCUUGUCGCAUGGUUGGGAGUUUUACUUGCAAGUUUAGGAUUAUUCAUGUUCUAUAAAUGUAGCAGGAAGGACCCUGGAUAUAUUAGAAGAAAUGUUCGAGAUUCACAGAGCCUUAGAGAUGAUGAACCUCUGCUAAAGACAGAACUCGAAAAUCCUGCUUUGCUGGCAGGAAAUUGGACUCAACUAUGUGCAACUUGCAAGAUCGUCAGGCCUCUUCGGGCGAAGCACUGUUCCACAUGCGAUAGAUGUGUUGAACAGUUUGAUCAUCACUGCCCAUGGGUAUCAAAUUGUAUUGGCAAGAAAAAUAAAUGGGAUUUUUUCAUGUUUCUUCUUCUGGAGGUCUCGGCUAUGGUUAUUACUGGUUCUGUCACAAUUAUAAGAAUUGCAACAGAUCCAACUGCCCCGUCAUCUUUUGGUGCAUGGCUAAGUCAUUCUGCUAUCCAUCAUCCAGGCGCAUUGUCAUUUAUUGUAAUGGUCUUCCUUCUUUUCUUUGGAGUGGCAGUAUUAACUAUCGUACAAGCACAACAGAUUUCCAGGAACAUCACAACAAACGAAAUGGCCAAUGGUAUGCGAUAUAGCUAUCUCAGGGGACCAGGUGGCAAGUUUAGAAACCCAUAUGACCAUGGUGUUCGCAAAAACUGCUCGGAUUUCUUAAUAAAGGGCUAUAAUGAGGACAUAGAAGUGGCAGAACAGAAUUUGCAUUCUGAAGAGAUGAGCAUGAUUCAGAUGACAAAUGUAGUCUCACAACAGAAUGUUGAGAACCAAGCCAACCAUGCAAAUGGCAACGGCCAUGUUUGCAUUGAUGUGGACUCCAGAGGUUCUACUAGGCCACAUGGGCACGUCCAUACAUCAAAGUGUAGCCAUGGUAAAAGUAGCACCAAUGGCAGCAGCAGCAGCAGCAAAGGCAGCAGGGUUCCAUUUGGACUGGGUCUCGGCCUCGGCCGGAACAAUGCUCGUCACAGUUCUCGUGCAGUCCUCGCCACAUAGCUUCAUGGAAGCACUCGUAAUGAAUAAUCAUUUGUUGCAGUGAUGAUGACUGGCCUGAAACUCUGCAGUUUGCUUGUUCAUAUUUUCCAUUUAUUUCAAAGGAAGGUUUUGGUUCCAUCCAGAUUUUGGAUAGGCGUUGAAAAUUGUUGUGUUCGAAGAAGGAUCGUAGAAUUAUAUGUCAGACAGAUCGUAGGUGAAGGGACUAGUUAUUUGUUAGAUGAAUCAAAUUGUAUUUUAUACCAAAAUAUGUGAAUUAUUGCUUGCUCUUUGAA